UAUAUCUGACCUCUCAACUGUACAACUAAUAUUUUUUUGUGUUAAUUCAUGAAACUACAUCUUGGGAAUAUAUAGGACCGAAUGUUUUUUCGUAUGUGUAAAGAUAAAGAAUAUAUCAAGAAAAACUAUAUAGUAUGUUAUAGGUUAAAAACGGUGACGCAAGCGUGCGUUUGACUCUGUCUUUAAAACCACCACCACUCACUUCCUUCCCCCACCUUUCACUUAACACAACAAUAGCAUCAUCAUCUCUAACUUUAUUUUCCCGCAUUUUCUCGUCUGAUUCUUUUUUUAUCGAAACGAUGGGGAGAGAUGAAACCGAGACGUACAUUACGGUGCCUACCUUCUUCAAGUGUCCGAUAUCUCUCGACGUGAUGAGAUCUCCCGUUAGUCUCUGCACCGGCGUCACCUACGAUCGUCCAAGUAUCCAGCGGUGGCUCGACGGAGGCAACAACACUUGUCCCGCCACUAUGCAGAUUCUCAAAUCAAAGGAUUUCGUUCCUAACCUCACUCUCCAACGGCUUAUCAAAGCCUGGUCCGACUCAGUCGGUAGUUCCGCCGCUGCCUCCCCGGAUCCGGCGUCUGCUCGAGGAAUCCCGACGAAGGAAGAAGUGAAUGAGUCGUUAAUGAGACUGAGUCAAGAGAAGGACGACGAGAUUCGUCUUGAGAUUCUAUCGAGAAUCGUUCGGUUCGUUAAGGAUUCAGAAGCGAGCAGAGAGUUUCUCUCCGGGAGAGAGGAUCUCGUACCAAUGCUCGUCGAUAUCGUCUCCGCCGUGACGACGGCGAAGAUCAAGCUAGCUUUUAUAGCGAUUAAGAUUUUGGAUACUAUAAUCAAGAAAGGUAACGAGGGAGAUCGAGAACGGUUAUCGAAACUGAUGUUGUUGACCAACGGUGGCGAUUGCUUGACGGCGAUUCUCCUCGCGAUUCAGCGCGGGGAUCUAGAAUCGAAGAUCGAAGCCGUUAGUGUUUUGGAGGUUAUCUCAUCAUACGACGCGAAAUCGAAGAUGAUGAUCGCAGAGCGCGAGGGGAUUCUAACGGAGCUAAUCAAAUCAAUCAGCACAGAGUCGGAUCCUAAUUUGAUGGAAACGAGUUUAUCAUUCAUGAUAACAAUCUCGAAAUCGAAACGAGUGAGAUCGAAACUAAUCGCCGCGAAAACGAUCACGAAGAUCAAAGACAUUCUCAUGACGGAGGAGACGAUAAGCGUCGCGGUGACGGAGAAGUCUCUGAAGCUGUUGGAGAUACUAUCGUCAAAGCGAGAAGGUAGAUCGGAGAUUUUCGGCGGUGGAUGCGUGGAGGGAGUGGUGAAGAAACUGUUGAAAGUAUCGACGACGGCGACGGAGCACGCCGUGACGAUUUUGUGGUGUCUGUGCCACGUGUUUAAGGAAGAUAAGACGGUGAAGGAGACGGUGGAGAGAAGUAACGGCGUGACGAAGCUGUUAGUGGUGAUUCAGAGCAACUGCUCGCCGAUGGUGAGACAAAUGGCGAAAGAUCUGAUAAAGGUUUUGAAGGUUAAGUCAUCUGCUUCCGCUUUGGCUGCUUACGAGACCAAGACCACACAUAUUAUGCCAUUUUGAUUUUUGGUAUAAUAAAUCUUUUUAGUGGAGUAUAUGUUACAAUCAACUGUUUUGAAUGUAGAUUUCGUGUAAAUCAUUUUUGCUAGUGUUAUCAAUUUUACUAAUAUUCAAUUUUUACUCU